AUGUCUGGACGCCGUUCCCGGUCGGGUAGGGCCGCGGCCAAGCGCGCCUCUGCUGCACUCCAAAGCACCCCCAGGGCCUUCGAAGGCAUUGAUGACGACGAACCCGUGGCCGAAGCUGUCGAAUCUGAGCCCGAGCACGAGGCGCAGCCCGAAGACGACGACGACGAGGAAGAAGAGGAGAAGGCGAACGAGUCUGGCGAGGAAGAAGGAGCCGAAGAGGAGGGUGAGGAAGGCGAGGAAGAGCCCGCCAAUGACGACGCAGAGGACUCUGAGCCCUCAGCCAAAGAACCAACCCCUCCUACCGAGCCAGUGAUCCGUAGGAAGCGACUUGGACGACCUCCGAAGAACAAGCCGCCUGGCUGGGACAACAUGAUUACCGUACCUGCGUCCGAAGCCGAUACCCCGCGCCGGAGAGGUCGUGGUGGAUGGCGCGGUCGGGGCGGUCGCCGGCCAGCGCCCGGCCAGGCUCCCCCGAAGCUCAAGCAGGUGAUCGACAAGGAGGGCACAGAAGUCGACAUUGUCGACGACGAGUGCGUCCUGCCCGAGGACCCGGAGGGCGAGACCAAGGUCGACAAGCUCGGGAACCUGCAGGGCGGCCGUCAGUACCGUUGCAGAACGUUUACCGUCAAGGAUCGUGGCGAGCGGCAGUACAUGUUGUCAACGGAGCCUGCGCGCUGCGUCGGUUUCCGCGACAGUUACCUCUUCUUCAACAAGCACCCGAAGCUUUACAAGAUUAUCGUGAGCGACGACGAAAAGAUGGACAUGAUUGAGCGGAAUAUCAUUCCUCACUCGUACAAGGGCCGUGCCAUAGGAAUCGUUACGGCGCGCUCCGUCUUUGUGGAGUUCGGCGCGAGGAUCAUUGUCGGUGGCCGGAACAUCGUCGACGACUACCGCGUUGCCGAUAUGCGCGCCGCCGGUGUUGUCGAGGGAGCCAUUGCGGACCCCUCGGACGUCUUCGACCCCAACCAGCCGUACAACUCCAACCAGUAUGUUGCUUGGUUCGGUGCCAGUGCCGUAUACCAUACCAACCAGACGCCGGCCACGUCAGACCCUCUUGCUGGUCUGACCGAGGUCAAGAAGAAGCGUGUCAACGUCAAUGAUACCAACUGGCAGCUGGAGCACGCCCGUGCAGCUAGCGAGUUUAACAGCCGCAUCAACGCCAUCCGUAUGGCCACGCUACGCCACGGCGCCUAUGAUAUCCACACAAACUUGAUGCACCAACCGGUCAACACGCAACCAACCCGCGCGCGGGUCGAGGCCAUUUCCCCCGGCACCGCCAGCGAACCUAACAGCGCCUUCCCGACCGUGCCAUCGGCAGUCCAACGCAACUUCAACGUCGUGGACAUUGUCUACGAGACACCACGCGCUGGCGUUCAGUCCGCCGGGCGGCGACCGGCCGAGGUUCCCGACUUCCUGAAGCCGUUCAACGGCAUCCUGGCCAUCAGCGACGACCUCAAGUCCAUGCUGCCGCCCGAAUGCCGCGAGUCUCUCGAGAGACACCAGGCCGACCAGCGGGAGUUCGAGUCGCGCUUCGGUGACGAGAAGGACAAGAUGGCGCGGGGCAAGCUGCGGAUCGACAAGUCGGUCAAAGAGUUGGUCCGGAAGCACGGCGUGCGGGGCGCGCCCAACGGCCGCUUCGAGUCGACCUUCACCGGCCGCGGCUGCAACUUCUGCGGCCGCAGGAUCCAGGAGUGCGGGCACGGGGCGGAGGUCAAGCCCGAGUUUUACGAAGCUUUUAGUGUUAAGCCCGAGGGGCCUCCACCCAAGAUGCUCAAGACGGAGUCGUCCCAGGGGAGGAUGGCCAAUUCGGAGUCUUUUCACGGUAGGAUCGUAUCGGACAUUGACGCCCAGGGGAAGGUGAUGAAGUUUGCCCCCCCUCAGGGUGUGGUCAAGAAGGAGACCAAGCUGGUGGUUAGGCCCGAGUUUCAUGGCAACACUUUGAUGCCAGGUGGUUCGUAA